UUAGUACGUGCACUGUCCUUACUGGUGGCCCUAGAUGGAGAGGGACUUCUCCUCAAAAAUCAAUGAACUUCUGAGGAAACCGCCAAAAGGUUCUGAAGUUUAUAAGAUAUCAUUUAUAUUUCCGAAUCAAGAUAAGUACGAAGGUGAUUGUACAAGAACACCUGAUGGAGUUCUUGAGAGGAAUGGAUAUGGAGUUCAUACUACUCCAGAUGGAAUUAUUUACCGAGGAAACUGGAAAAAUGAUAAGAUGAAUGGUUUAGGAAGGCUGGAACAUCCUUCAGGUGCAGUUUAUGAAGGUGAGUUCAAGAACAACAUGUUGCAUGGAAUAGGAACCUACAUAUUUCCCAAUGGAGCCAAGUACUGUGGACAGUUCAACGAAAACAAGCUAGAAGGGAAGGGAGAAUUUACAGACACACAAGGCCUGGAAUGGGAUGGCACAUUUCAUUAUACAGCAGCACCAGGGCUGAAGCUAAAGCUGGAAAUGUAGGACAUUUUGUUCUGGAAGAAAGGCUUGUCUAAUGGAGUUUUUACCUUGCCCAGGCUAUUUCACAGCAAAUAAUUUCUUAGUUUAUUGAUGAGAAUAUUGUUGUUUGUUAAAAUAAAGAUAUCUGCUUAUAAGUAAGCAUUGAACUUGAUUUUUGUUUUAUGUAAGCUUCAGAAUGUUGCCUAGCUUGAUUUCCCCCCUCACUUAACUGUAACUGCAAGUGUUACAAUAAUAAUUAAAAGUUUUAUAAAAAGAAACUUGUAAACAACGUCCUCUGUUCCAAUAUUGAAAUUAUGAAGUGAUCAAGAUUAUUAGGGUUAACUCUGAAAGAGAGAGAGAGAAAGCACGGAAACCAACAUAGAAUGCAAUUGAAUCAAUAAAUU